GUGCAAGUUCGCCGCCGUUCGCAACGACGGAGAUGCAGCCCAGAAAAACUGGCGUAGGAUCCUAAUGCAGAACCCAAUACAGUGAAUACAACGAUUAAAGAUACGAUGUGAAACCAGAAGGAAGCGCAGGAGCAAUUCAAAGAUUUAAAAUACAGCAACGCUUUAAAAACAGCAGCCAGCGAAAGGCUACAGUGCCUAAGAAAAUAAGGUCUUGCCCGGCCUCAGGAGAGCCUCUGGGGAGCUCACAGCACAACAACCGGGGUGCCACAGCAGGCAAGGGGCAGCCAGAAAAGGCUCUCUGGAGGCGUCUUAGGGGCUGGGCAGGCAGAUAUUGGGGCUCUGUCUGCCCUCACGGCUGACAGUUGCUGACCGAUCCAUCCCGUGCUCCUAUAUUUAAUUCAGCCUUCCGGCAACCUGGUGUCCUCCACGUCUGUUGUGCUGCAGAUCUCAGUAUCUCCCCCAGAUGGGUCAGAGUUGUGGUCGGCUCAGGGCACGAGGUUCGGAGAGUCAGCCUUCCGUGAAAAAAACAACUGCCUUGUCGGGUCAGAGUCCGCAGGUGGCCACCUGGUAUAACACCUGUGGAACAGAAACCAGCCAGCUGCUUUCACCUGGGAAGAGCUUCCGAGUCAUUUGCGACCACCCUUGCUUUCGUGCCCUGGCCUGGGCCUGUCUCCUGCCCACCUUGACUGCAGCCUCACAGCAGGUCACCCCUGCCAGUCUGCCACUUGCUGUGUGGCACCAGCAAGUGCUUACGGUGACACGAAGCCUGGUUCGUAGGUGCGCAGUGUCGCGGGGCAGGCUGGUCCGCAGGUCCCGCUGACAGGCUUCCCAGACACAUCCAGGGUUCGAAGCAGCGCUGGCGUACAGAGGUCUUUGCCGCGAUCGAGAAAAACCCCGUGUUUGCAAAAGUGAUUGACGUAUGCAUGUAUAGCUGUAUGUCUGAAUGUGAGGCAUGUUUGAAAACACACGCACUCUGCCCGUAGACGGUGUGCAACACAUGUUCGAAAGCACUACAUACAGGGGAAGUUUACCAGGAUCCUAGUUCUGGCUCGGUACUCUGAGAAGGGAAUGUCCUGUGGUAGGUCUGAAGGACAGACCCGAAUUUCCUGCUGGAGGAAGUUUGACGUGUCCCUGGUCUUGGUUUCAUGGGUACAACAGGUUGCGAGCUGGGAGGCUCGCGGUGGCAGCUGGCCAGAGGUGUGUGCAGGCGGUGGCAGCUCUCGUUUCAGGUGCUGCGGCUUUCCAUGAAUCAUCUUUUCCGGCAUGAGAACUACAGACGUAGCUUUAAGCAGAGAAGUUUUUAAAUAGCAGAGCACUUUGAAAAUCCUUGUUUGAGUCCAGUUAACAGUAAGAAGAAGGGAAUAAAUACAAAUGCCGUUCAUAUAAACUUAACUCUCUAGAAUAGGUGGCUUUGUAAAAAUAACAGUGAUUCACUGUUAUGAUUAUGCUCUUCUUGCUGUUGUUAUGCAAAUAAUCAGGCAGUGAAGCACAGCGAUACAUCAUUGUGGGAGCCAGUGGGAGGUGCCGGGAGGUCAGCUUCGGCUGAAUCUCUGUGUAACUUGCAAGGGCUCCCCUUCUUUAAACUGCUGCUGUGCAUCAGGAAAGCUGCACCCCGCAAACUUUUCCGCAGUUUCUUCCAUCCGUUCAGCCUGAAUCCUUAAGAUGUUUCAGGGCCAACUGAAAGUGUGGGAUUCUGUUCCUCACUGCAGGAAACCGGGCAUUUCCAGGAUCUCCAGAAGCAGGGCAUAAAUAAGGGUGAUUAAACAGGUCACACUAAAAUAGAAUGGAAGGGGCAGACAAAAGGAGGUGCUCCGUACCCCAAGUAGCAGGCCUUGGCAGUUCGUUGCCUGAAGAUGUGGCGGGUGCCACUGACUCUGAUAACUCCGGAACGGGAGCAGGUAAAUUCGUGCAGGAGACGCCUAUAAGUGGCCACCAGUUGCUGGCAGACAGCUGCGGACGAGGGCUCUUGCUCGCACAAUAUGUCCCCAGGCUUCCCCAGAGGGAUUCCGGUGAGAAACGGGGCUGGCCUGGCAGGAAUGUGGAUCAGCUUCUGUCAGAUUUUCCGUAAGGUGUAUAAUCUAGAGUAACAAGUUGAUAUGAAACCAGUUACUCUGGUCAGAGUUGUGGCAGCAGAUACCUUGCUCCUUUUUAGCUUUUGCCAGCCAGCCAGGUGCGAGAAAGCAGAGGCUGCGGCGCUGGUGGGCUCGUGAUGCCCAGCAGACACCGCCUGAUUGCCCUUCUCCGCUCUCCCCAGCCGCACAAAAGACGUGACGAUGUCGGCCAGGCUCCCGGUGAGCUUCUUCUCUUCCGUGUCUCCAGUGCACGACCUCUUCCUGGGGCAGCUGGAUCACGCGGAGGACAUCCGCCAGGACUCGGAAGUCACGCUGUUCUUUUUCUACGCUCCGUGGUGUGGGCAGUCCGUUGCGGCCAGGGAGGAGGUUGAGAUAGUGGCAAGCCACCUGGCCGACCAGGUGCUGUUUGUGGCAAUCAACUGCUGGUGGAACCAGGGGAAAUGCCGGAAGCAGAAGCACUUCUUUUACUUCCCUGUCAUAUAUCUGUACCAUCGGAGCUUUGGGCCUAUCGAAUACAAAGGCCCAAUGAAUGCCAUUUACCUUGAAAAAUUUGUUCGCCGAGUGAUGACUCCCUUGCUGUAUGUCUCAUCUCGAUCAAAACUGCAACAGUUCCUCUCCAAUUACGAGCCUGGAGUCUUGGGAUAUUUUGAGUUCAAUGCUUCUCCCCAGCCCCCUGGUUACCUGACAUUCUUUACUUCUGCGCUGCAUUCAUUAAAUAAAGAUCACCUUGGAACGAUCCACUUUGGGGUGAUCACGGACAGGCUGAUUGCGGAGGAGAUCUCCCUCGCCAGCUCUGGCAGCGUCUACCUGCACAGGCAUUUCAGCGCCUCCCUCCUCUACCCGCAUGAGGCCAUGAACUGCACUGCGGAGGACAUCUGGAGGUGGGCGCUGGAGAACCAGGAGACGUUCAUCCGCUGGCUGAGGCCACACGGCGGGAAGAGCCUCCUGCUGCACAACGAGCUGAAGAAGGGCCCGGCCCUGUUCCUGUUCCUCCCCUUUGACCCCCUGGCGGAGAGCCACCCCCUCGUGGAUGAGAUGUUCAGGCUCGCUUUGGAGUACAACAGCUGCAACCAAAGCCAGCGAGGGGGGCCGGACGCGGAGCACCUGCAAGGAGAGCCCCUGGCGGCUGCAGGGCUGCCCCUGCCCCGGGCAGAAGCCGCCUCUGCCGCCAGGCCCCCCUGCUGCCACACGGUGGUGCUGCCCCCGCAGUGGCACGCCAUCUCCCGGACGCACAACGUCUGCGAGCUGUGCGUCAACCAGACCGCGGGGGUCCGGCCCAGCCGCCUGGGCGGGCCGCACUGUAGCUUCUCGGAGAUCGAGGCCGCCGUGGACUCGCUCUACCUCAGGGAGCGGACCUUCUUCCAGGUCGUGUCGAGGACCGUUUCCUUCUGCAGCAACUUCCUCAGCUUCUACAGCCCCUUCAGCCACUACACGGCCUGCUGCAGGACGGUGAACCGGGGCCUGCUGGGCUUUGGCGGGGCCGAGAAGACGCCCGCCCGGCGCCCGGGAGCGGCAUUUGCUUCCCAUGGGAAGAGAUGGAAGGACCGGCCCUGGAGCUCUGCCCCUCACAUUGAGGACGGGCACGGGCUUCGCCCCGCCAGCACCUUCUGCGGCGCAAACUUUACCGGCCUGAGUUGCAGGACCAACAAGACUCUCAACCUCUACCUGCUGGACUCCAACCUCUCCUGGAUGUACGCCGAGAGGCUGGGAGCCCCGAGGGCCGCCCCCGUGAAGGAGUUUGCCGCCAUCGUGGACCUGGCGGAGGAGGUGCAUUACGUCCUGGAUCAAAGCCAGGCCCUGCGGAGGGCGGCUCUAGAAAGCUUCAUUCAAAACUACAGUGUUGUGUACAGUCCCUUGCAAAGGCACCUCGUUGGCGACGCGCGGCCCGGCCCCGUUCGCCCUCAGCAUAUCAGAGAAGUCACCACCGAGACCUUCCACGAGGCCGUGCUGCAGAGCGAGAAGAGCGUCUUGCUGCUGUACUACGCGCCGUGGUGCGGCUUCUGCAUGUCUCUGAGCCACAUCUUCAUCCAGCUCGCGCGGAUCCUGCCUCCCGAGAACUUCGCUGUGGCAAGGGUCGAUGUUUCUCAGAAUGACUUGCCCUGGGAAUUCAUGACGGACCACCUCCCCAACGUCCUGUUUUUCCCCCAUGACAGGAAGGAACAAAGCAGCAGGUUCCCAGCCGGGGCCCCCCUCACCCUCCCCAACCUCCUCAAGUUCAUCCUGCACCACCCGCGCCCGCCGCCCGCCGCCCCCGGCCCGGAGCCCUGCCUGCGGGGCUGCCUCUGGAGGGAGUCGCUGCUGCAGCAGGGCCGCAUCGCCCGCCUGGAGCAGGAGGUGGAGCGGCUGCGGGCGGAGAGCCAGGCGCUGCACCGGGCCCGGGCCCAGGCCCAGGCCCAGCUGUCCGAGGCCCGCCGGGAGGGGCAGAGGCUGCAGCAGGAGGCGCGCGCCCUGCAGAGCCACCAGGAGCACCUGCAGGGGCUGUAUGAGCAGAAGUCGCGCGAGCUGGAGGAGCUGGCCGAGAAGCUGCGGGAGCUGGCCGAGGCCUCCGAGAGCCUGCUGGCCGAGAACACGCUGCUCAAGGUGCUGCUGGCCUCCAUGGAGCGGAAGCUGGGGCCAGAGCCGCAGCCGGAGGUCAGCCUGCCCACGGAGGAUGCCGGCCUGGCGGCGCGGGCGCCCGAGCGCUUCGGGGCCGCGGAGCAGAGCGACAGCCCCCACCUGGAGAGCCAGCUGGCCCCAGAGCACGCCAAGGAGAACUGGACGGAGUAGCCUCCCCGCAGGGGCCGGCCCACGCCGAUCAAGUGUGGUCUCCACCAGGAAGAGUCUUUAUGCAAACUUUUAUUGAAACUUCAAUGUAAAGCUUUUUUUUGCUGUACUAGAUAAGAAAAAUCAAAGGAUAUUUUUAUAAUGAGCCAUAAACUGGAUGGACAGAGCGUGAGACCUACGAGGCACAAUUGUCCGGGGGCUGCUCUCUGCACUUUGCUAUUGCACUAAUUUGAUAGAUUUUGUAUCGAUUUAACCUAAAUUAAAACAAUUUGGCUGGA